AUGCCAGAGAGCUGGCGUCGGCGGCCAGGCUCCAGCCGUGGCCCUGCCACUGCUCGGCGGGCCCGGGAGGCGCGGAUUUGGAGGCCUCCAGAGGGCCUCAGUUGGCCGCGCCUCAGCGAGUCCCUGGCGACCAUGGCUCCGCAAGUGAGCUCGAUAGUGGUGACCUCAAUGGUGCUGCUCAACGUCGCCGCCAUCGACAGACCUUGGGACUGGAGCGGCAACACGGUGCAGGUCAGCAUUUCCACGAACCAGCGCACCAACGCGGACGGAACGACUUUGUGCGACCUGCACAGCGUGCCGCGGACGCGGCUGUGGCACGGCUGCCAGGGGCCAAAGCAGCCCCCGGCUCCGGCGCAGGUCCGGUCGCACGUGCUGGCUGCAGCUUGCGGCUUCUUCCGGGAGUGCCCCGGGUUCCAGGAGGACCUGGACAUCUCUCUGGCGGAGCUUUGCUCCUUGGUGCCUCGCUCGGCGCGCCUCAGCCGCGGAGCCCGCAAGAUGCUGCUCCCGGUGCUGGCGUGGCUGGGGGAGAGCCAGCACUUGCCGCUGGGGGUGGCAGGGGUGUUCUCGGACCAGGAUCUGAGACCCAUGACCUUGAAAGCGCUGGCCUCCGCCUCCCGCGCCCGCGCGGACGCCUGCGCGGCGCUGCGCUUGCUGGCGCUCAGUCGCUUUCUGCUCUGCGAGCGCCUGCAGCAGGUGGUGGAGAGGUGGCUCUGGCGGAGCGGCUCGCGGGCGCGCCAGGCCAUGGCUUGGCAGCUCCUGGAGGGCGAGCGCAAGGAGGGCUUCGGUCUGGAGGACUUCUGCCUGGGUUUGAAGGCGCGGCAGGGGCUGGCCAAUGGCCUCAGCCAGCUGCCGCGGGAGAAGCUCCGGAUGAUUUGCCAGGCGCAGGAGCUGUUGAAAGACAGCCACCACGCGGUGCGGGAGCACGUGCUGCAGGCCAUGGGCGCAGCAGGGUCAGCGGCUUCUUCCUGCGCCAAAUCCAUCGCUGCGUGCCUGCAUGACGAGUGCGCCAACGUGCGCCGGCAAGCCGCCAAGUCCUUCUGCCAGUUGGCCGCUGAGUGCUCCGACUUCAACCGUGCCAACGUGGCCGCGGCUGUGGCUCCGUUGCUGUCCCACGAGCCGGGCGUCGCGGACUUCGCCGCCGAGGGCCUGGCGCUGCUGGGCGCUGCCAGCGCGCCGCUGGCGCUGGCGCGCCUCGUGACGGGCGCCCAGGCGGAGCGCCAAGCGGCGGUGCGCGUGCUGCGUCACCUGGGGGGCGAGGGCCUGAGGAGCACCGCGCCGUUGCUGCAGCACCGAAGCCCGGAGGUGCGGCGUGCGGCGCUGCGGGUCUUUCAGGGCUCCACUACUCCAGUUCUGGCGGAAGUUCCUGAGGCGGCCGACGCCAUCGGCGCCCUGCUGUCGGACGCCUGCGGCCGCGUCCGCGGCGUGGCGGCGCUGGCGCUGUGUCGCCUGGGCGCCGCGGCGGCGAAGCUCUGGGCGCCGCAGCUCCUCGCGGCCCUCGGAGAGGCCGAUCCUCCAGAGUUGCGGGACGUGCUGGCGGCCCUGGGGUCACUGCGGCAGGACGCCAGUUGGGCAGCGGAGGCGGUGGCGGAGUGUUUCGCCUCGGAGCAUUGGUCGGUGCGCCGCUCCGCCGCGGAGGUCUACGGGGAGAUCGCGCAAGGCCUGGAUGACUCGACGGCUGCCACCCAUGCCGCGCUGCUGGCCCGGAUGCUGCAGGACUCGGUGACUGAUGUUGCUGAGUCUGCAGCGCGCGCCCUGGGCGCCCUGGGCGUGCAGGGCGCACGCUUCGGCCAGCAGCUGGGGGAGAAGUUGGAGGACGAGGAUGCCGCCACCGCGGAAGCGGCCCUAGAAGCCUUGCUGCGGCUGCUGCGCGAGCCUCUUGCCGAAGUGGCAGAAGCGGCCGCUGCGGGCGUGGGUGCCUACUUUGCGCAGGGAGGGCAGGCGCCGGUGGCCUUUCGCGAGCGGCUGGCGGAGGCCCUGGCGCUGGCCGGGAAGGAGAGGCAUGUGCGUGAGGAGGCGGUGCGUGCCUUGGGCUUCCUCGGCAGCGCGGAGCCUGCGGCGCGCAGUGGCCGGAGGGCGCGGCUGCAAUGCGGCAUCUUAUCUGAAGUGCUCCCAGCUCUGGAGGACGCCCACCUCUCAGUGAGGCGUUGUGCCGUGGAGGCGCUCGGCCGCUUGAAGCUCCCGCGCCAGGCAGCAUCGCAAAGGGACUCGGCGCUCGAGAUGCUGUUGACGUGCCCCUCGGGCCAGCUGCGGCGCUUUGCCAUGAAGUCCCUUGAGUCCUGCCAGACGACCUGCGACCCGGAGGAUCGGUGCCACACUGCGAAGAAGCGGCGCCGGUGA